AUGGCGGCGGGCGGAGCUGCGCGGCGGCCGCGCACCGGCGCCGGGGCGCCGGGCUGGGGCCGCACCGACACCCGCGGCCAGGCCUUCCCGGAGCGGCAGCAGGCUCCCGGGCGCUCCGCGAAGGGACUGCCGGAGGGAGAGCGCCCGCAAACCGCCCCCGCCGAGCCUGCGCGGGCAGAGGCGGCGGCCCGGCGCCAGCGGCGGGGCGGCCCCGGGACGCAGGGAGCGGUAGGAGGGCCGGGCCGGGCGGCGGGGCCGGGCGGGAGCGGCGGUUGUGAGCGGCUGGGAGCUGAGCACCGCGGGCAGGACGUGCGCUGCGGGGCCGGAGCCAGCCGCCAGCGCUGCGCGGCGGAGCCGCUCCCGGGCCGCGGCAUCCCCGCGGGGAGCUGCCCGGGGCCGAGCCGGGCGCCAGGCUGUGCUCCGAGCGCAGCCUUGGGGCUGCUGCUGGGCUGCCGGGGGCUCUCUGCCUCCUCGCUUUCUUGGCCCACCCCCUGGCGCUUGCUGUUCUCAGCCUUUGGCUCCGGCCGCUGCUCGUUUGCUGGAGCCCUGUGGUUCCACUGUUCCUCCCGCAGAGCAGCUGGCAGACGGCCCUCAAAGAGGCUAAAAAGUGAAAAACCUGCUCCAGCUAAUCCAGAGCUCGAAGCAGAAGAGCUGAGAGGUGGAGCCGAAAGCCCUGCUGGGCUGGGGGAAGCUCCUCAACCAUCUGAUGGGGACCAGCGUUCAGAAGACCCAGGAGAGUGCAGCUUACUUCAGCAGGGGGAAGGUGAGGGCACUGCAGAGCGGAGUGAAGACACAGAGCAGGAGGAGGAGGAGGCUGCUCCCCCGGAGCCGCCGGCAGAGCCGGGCAGGGAGGACCCCCUGCAGCUCUGCAGCGAGGAGGAGAGGAGCUGCCAGAGCCUGCUCUCGGAGGAGUCCAGCCUGGGGGACGCAGAUGUGCCCAGGAGCCUGCUGGAGCUGGAGAGCAGUGCCCUGCUGAACGAGGACAGCAACCAGCCCAUGCCUGUGGCUCGCUUCUUCGGGGAUGUGCAGCUCCUGCAGGAUCUGCCAGCAGCUGCUCCCCCAAGCACAAUGAUGAGCAGGAGGGAACUCAGAAAGCUCCAUAUCAUUGCAAAGGAAGAGGAGGAGGAGGAGGAGGAGGAAGAGGAUGUUGUCUAACAACAAACUGUAAACAGACCAAACCUUUUCCCUGUGCAAGCAGAGGGCUGGCUGCCAGAGGCACCAACAGGAGGUGUCUGUGUUUGCCUGCUCUCAGAGGGAGGAGAGCUGCCAGGGUCUGGGUUUUUGCUGGCCUGGAACAGUUCCAGGGAG